AUGACGACAAACGCCGUGCCAGACACGCAAUUGGGUCUGACGGCCGAGGAGAUUCAGCUCCUGCGGCAAGGCCAGGCAGCCCUCGCCGGCGGUGGUGGCGGUGGCGGCUCCAGCUCCUCCCGCGCCGCCAGCAGGGCGAGCAGCCAGGGGCUGCUGCUGCUCGACAGCUCGUCGCUCGCCGCCCUCGGCCGCUACUUUGACCGCCUCAUGGCCAGCAUUGAGCAAAACAUACAGUACCUCAGCGAGCAGGCUCAAAUGUUCACCCAGGUCCAGUACGAUCGCGCCGGCAACAUCAUCGACGGCGCCGACGCCGAGAUUGCCCGCUACACCGAGAUACUGCGCCAGCUGGACGAGUUGGAAAUGGACUUUGAUCGCAUCGCCAAUGUGAAGGACAUUGUCAAGGGCUACCGCUCGAGGGUCGAGGACUUGGAACGAAGUCUAGAGACUAGCGGAUCGUCGAGUCGACACAAGCACUCUUCAUCUAGUUCACACAAGCACAGCAGCUCACACAAACACAGCUCUUCCCAUCGCCAUCGACGCUGA